GUGCAAACAGGCAUCACUCCUCUGCAGUCCGUUGAGAAGAGAAUUGCAUCCAAUCGCAGCCAUGUCCAAGUUUUGCGUUCUUCUGGUGCUCGUUGUCCUCGUGGCGGCCAUUGAGGCCGAUGGCGGCCGCCGUCGUCCGCCCUGCGCCGGCCGCUGCAACCAGAAGGAUCUGCUGAGCCGCCAGACAGUCUGCAUACGUGACAGCCGCACCAACACGUGCACCAAGCUGCUGGCCUGCCGGCUGCGCGAGAAGAACUGCGCGCGGCGCGACAAUGGCCUGGAGCCGGUGAAGCAGACUUGUGUCACGCGGUGCCGCAACAUCCUCGGAGGCAGCGGCACCUCGGGCCGAUGUGCUCCCCGUCUGCGCACACCGUCGCCGGUCAGCCACGAUGGCAAGCGCGUGAGGGAGUGCCGCCAGCGAAGGUGCCUGGAGGACAAGGUGGCCGGCUGCUGGACGGACCGACAGGGUGGCUGCAGCGUCCAGAGCCGCUGCGAGGCCAGGCGCAGGAACUGCUCCAGGAAGCCCACCAACCAAUGGAUCCGCACCGAGCAGUGGCGCUGCAGCGGCAUCAUCCAGGGCGAGGGUGGCCGCAGAUGCCGCACCCGUACCAUCAUCGACAAGGAUUAGACUCCAGACUCCUCCUCCUCCCACUCCCACUCCCCAAUCUGUGGCUGAAACCCCGAGAAUCCGUAACCUACUUUUUUUUUCUGUUGUAUUCGCUGUUCACUGUCUUUCAAAUUCAAAA